AAAACAUGUUCGAGGUAAUAGUUAUAUGCCAGAACACAAAGUCACCUCUCUGGUAUGUUCUGUAAACUCUCCCAAAAUAAACCACAUGCCUUCUUCGGGUGGCUCUCUCUAAUCCUCCCCUGGAAACGAAGAAAACCAGAGACGAGUUAGUUAAUUAACCGCCAAGUCGUUAACCUCUCGCCUUGUUUUAAACCCGGCCCCUCUGCUCUCCUAUGUUCAAGCCCAGCUGCCUCCUGUGCCUUCGUGUCAACUCCUGAACCGCUCCGCGGGCCGCGCUACGUGCCAGAGACGCCGGCCGAUGGAGUUCACGUCGUCCUACUUCCACGCGUUCGGCAACCCCGACUUCGCGGCGGCGUUCUCCGGCGGCAGCGCGCACGCUCUCCGGCCGCGCCCCUCCGCGGACGUCGACGCCCCCGGCGCGAAGGCAGCCGCGGAGAGCGGGAGCCCAGCAGCGAGGCGCGCGCCCUCCGUGUUCUACGUCCCCGACACGGAGGCGGAGGAUGCGCACCACUUCCUGGACGAGUGCUCCCUCUGCUGCAAGGCCCUCUGCGGCGACAUCUUCAUGUACAGAGGGGACACGCCGUUCUGCAGCGACGAGUGCAGGAGGGAGCAGAUCGAGAUGGACCGCGUGAAGCACCGGAGGAAGAAGCAGCACUCCCCCACGGCGCAGGCGGUGGCGCAUAGGGAGCGUCCCCAGCGGCAGCUUCAGGCACAGCACUAGAUCGAGCUCACCAAGGAUUCACUCCCGUUGCGACUCGAUCCCACGUACUGACGGAGGAAGAAUGAAUUCUUGCACGUUGGUGGUACUACUAGACAAGGAUUCUUGUAAAGGGGGAGUGACGAAGGCAGCGAAGGUUUUUUGUGUACUACACUGAGCACGCGAGUUUGUUGCUCGUUUUUGUUUGAUUCCUGAUUAAUAUCAGGGCCACUGGAGCCAAUGCAUGAGCUCUUUUCUA